AUGAUUAUUAUGAAAAAUGAGGGUGAUAAGCACUCAGCACUACUAGUAGAAAGGCCCGUAUAUCAAAUAGAAGAAUUAAACAGAGACUACGAAUAUGAAAAACCAUAUCACACAAUAAAAGCCAGAUGCAAACGAGCUUGUCAGUCAUUAGAUCCCGGCGCUUUCCUUAAAGAGACAAUACCUUUAUUAUCAUGGUUACCUGAAUAUAGUUGGAAAAAAAGUUUCUCCGGAGACAUAGUUAGUGGUAUUACUGUUGCUGUGAUGCAUAUUCCUCAGGGUAUGGCAUAUGCAAUGUUAGGUAAUGUACCACCUAUAAUAGGUAUAUACAUGGCAAUAUUUCCAGUUCUAGUCUAUUUUAUAUUUGGAACAUCAAGGCAUGUGUCUAUGGGUACAUUUGCAGUAGUAUGUCUCAUGACAGGAAAAGUAGUUAGUCAAUAUACAACGAUAGAAAUAAUGCAAAAUGGGACACAACAUUCAGUGGCUCCUGAAAAUUAUGAUUCCAAUUUACCUCAGUAUACAAAUGUACAAGUAGCCAUUACGGUUACCUUCACAGUGGCUGUUAUACAGCUAGCGAUGUAUCUGUUAAGGCUUGGUAUGGUUUCCCAGUUGUUGUCUGAAACGUUAGUAAAUGGAUUUACAUGCGCUUCAGCAUUUCAUGUAGUCGGAUCUCAACUUAAGGAUCUCCUUGGUCUUAAUGUUACUAAACGAAGAGGAAACUUUGCUUUUCCGCUGACUAUAUAUGAUGCAGUCCUAGCAGUUUCAUCGGCUAAUGUUAGUGCUAUGGUUGUGUCCUUAAUAGCCUGUGUUAUUUUAAUUAUUAAUAAUGAGUUACUUAAACCGUGGUUAGCCAAAAAGACAACGAUACCUUUUCCUAUCGAACUAGUUGCUGUGGUACUCGGGACAGCAUCGAGCCGAUUUAUGCAUUUCAGUAGUAACUACAAUAUAACAGUAGUUGGCUUUAUUCCUACUGGAUUACCAAAACCAACUCUUCCUGCCUUUGAACUUAUUCCCGAAAUUUUCGUAGAAUCAUUUAUUAUCACGAUGGUAUCGUAUACGAUCACAAUGUCAAUGGCCCUUAUAUUUGCUAGAAAAUUAAUGUAUGAGGUAGAUUCCAAUCAAGAAUUAUUUGCGUUGUGUGUGCUGGCCAGUAUAAUAGUCGUAGCUCUCAAAGGAAUGCUGUUGCAAUGUACUUUACUUCCAAGGUAUUGGCGAUUAAGUAGAUGGGAUGCUAUAGUGUGGAUAAUUACAUUUUCAGUGACACUUUUUGUUCAAAUAAGUUAUGGUCUAGCCGCAGGUGUAGGUGUAUCCUUAUUAAGCAUAUUUGUUCAAGGAUACAAACCUUACACGUGUCUAUUGGGUAUUGUUCCAAAUACCGAUUUGUAUUUGGAUAUUAAGAGAUAUAAGGGGGCUAAAGAAAUAGAUGGAGUAAAGAUAUUCCAUUAUUCGGGAGGUUUAAGUUUUGCAUCAAGAAACAGCUUUAAAGAACUUCUCGUCAAGAAAACUGAAUUUGAUGCAGCGGCAGUACUUAGGAAGAGAGCCAAGUUAGCGGAUAAAGGUUUACAAGAUGAUGAAGAAUUUUUAACCAAAUGUGUAAUUUUGGAUUUCUCAAGUCUUACUUUUGUCGAUCCCGCUGGUGUUGAUUUUCUUAGAACGAUGCAGGAUGAUUAUAAACGAUUAAAUAUUUAUAUGUUAAUAUCAGGAUGUUCAGGCCCAGUGUUCGAAGUGAUGCAUAAAUGUGAUGAAGUUGAAAAGAAAGAAAAGAAAUUUUUAAUAUUUCCAACUGUCCAUGACGCAGUAUUAUACACACAAGUCAACGUUUUAUCUAAAGACAAAUAAUUAGAUAUAUAUGUAGUUGUUUUGUACAUAAAAGUUAUUUAUUUUAUUAUGAAAGUAAAUAGAAUGUUACUUAUUUGCUAAAAAAGUAAUUUAUUUUUAUAAUGUUAAAUGCGGCCUUAGGAUAGAAAGCAGAUAAAAUGGUCCUAUAGUAAAAAAUGGGGAGAAAUCUGUCUUUUUCUAUUUUGGUGCUAUUAUACAUGUUUGUUGUUGAAUAUGCGCCGAUUAAAUCGUAAAAAAAUGACACAUAAAUAAUAAUUUAAAAUGUAAUAAUGUUAAAAUAUUAAAAUAAUUUAAUACGUAAUAUUUUUUUACGUAACAUAGUCAUCAAUAAAACCAUUGAAAGUAAUUUAUCAUUUUAAUCAACUUUCUAAUAAUGAUAUUAAAAUAAUUGAAAGAUGAAUUCCUAAUUUCUUUUAAAUUAGUAUGGACCAUAGUUUUUCGAUUUUUAAAA